UCUGGAUUUUAUUUCCAAACCCCAUCAAACUAACAAAGAAAGACGAGCAAGAUCCCAAAACCCCCCAAACUAACGAAGAAAAUCGAGCAAACCAACCAAAACCCUAACCCCUUUCAGAAAUGGGAAGCAGCCAAGCCGCCGUAUCAUUCCUCACUAACCUCGCCCGCUCCGCCUUCGGCCUGGGCGUGGCGGCCACCGCCCUCUCCUCCUCCCUGUACACCGUCGACGGCGGCCAGCGUGCCGUCCUCUUCGACCGUUUCCGAGGCAUUCUCGACGACACGGUAGGCGAGGGAACCCAUUUCCUCAUCCCGUGGGUCCAGAAGCCUUACAUCUUCGACAUCCGCACGCGCCCUCACACCUUCUCCUCCAUCUCCGGCACCAAAGAUCUUCAGAUGGUCAACCUCACACUCCGCGUCCUCUCCCGUCCUGAAAUCGGCAAGCUCCCCGUCAUUGUCAAGAACCUGGGUCUUGAGUACGAUGAGAAGGUUCUUCCGUCCAUCGGCAACGAGGUUCUCAAGGCCGUCGUCGCGCAGUUCAACGCCGAUCAACUCCUCACGGACCGUUCUCAGGUAUCCGCUCUUGUCCGCGACAGUCUCAUUCGCCGCGCGAAGGAUUUCAACAUUGUUCUCGAUGACGUCGCCAUCACGCACCUCUCCUACGGCAGCGAGUUCUCGCGCGCGGUGGAGCAGAAGCAGGUGGCGCAGCAGGAGGCGGAGCGGUCCAAGUUCGUUGUGAUGAAGGCGGAGCAGGAGCGGCGGGCCGCGAUUAUCCGUGCCGAGGGAGAGAGCGAUGCGGCAAAGCUGAUCUCCGACGCUACUGCCUCGGCCGGAAUGGGGCUGAUUGAACUGAGGAGGAUUGAAGCGUCCAGGGAAAUAGCCUCCACGCUGGCGAAGUCGCCCAAUGUUUCGUACUUGCCUGGUGGACAGAACCUUCUCAUGGCUCUUAAUCGAUGAUCGUGACGAUGAUGAUGGGCUUUUCUGCAUCAUUAUAGGGCUUAAUAAUGCGGUGACAUGACAUGCUGAGAUCAAUUUGUUUUGUUGUUCUUUUUGGGAGUAGUUAUCAUAUGAGUUUUUAGUGUGGACUCUAUCUCAUAAUACUUGGAUUGUGCUUAAAUGUAUGUUGUCUUGCCUAUAUUAUUUACCACAGAAAGUAUUUCAAUGCAUCUACCUCUUUGCUUCUGUUUCA